AGCUUGAGCGCAGCAGAGCGCGUGUUGUCAGGCAGGUGAUAACCGUCCACCGUCCGCCGGCAGACACACAGGACCGUACCGGAGCUCUGCCUCGUCCACCGCGGCACAACAGCCAAGAAACUCCCCGACACGAAGGAUUUACGCCAGACUGAGAGACUUUUACCUUCCGUGGGACUGUUUCAUCUCCAAACCCGCGACAGAGGACAAUGUUUCUCCUGCAGUACGCCGGGCUCAACGCUCUGCCCUUUGACCCAACGACCAACAGCGAGCCUCUCCUCUUCAGCAGCUCGAACGGGCCGCUGGUGAGUGAGCAUCCUUCCCUGGAAAACUCUGCUGAAAAUGGCAAGAAGAGGAAAAGAAUCACUCUGCCUCCAGAUGGGAACCGUAACAUGACCAUGGCCUCUAACUCCAUGACAAUGCCCAUGUCAGACCCCAGCGCCUGGGCAACAGCCAUGAGCAACCUGGGGAUGCCUCCGAUAAGCAUGACUGGACAGCAGCUCGUGCCAGAUUUUGACCCCGGUCUCGGGCUGAUGACUGGCAUUGCCCCCAUAAAUCCCAUGAUGCCCGGCCUGGGCCUGGCUCCCCCGCCUGUCUCCCAAGAUGUACCAGUUGUCAAGGAGAUCAUCCACUGCAAGAGCUGCACGCUGUUUCCUCCCAACCCCACAUGUUUGACAGACCUUCCACCUCCAGCCAUGAGGGAACGCCCCCCGGGCUGUAAGACGGUGUUUGUCGGGGGUCUUCCCGAGAACGCCACCGAGCAGCUCAUCAUAGAGGUCUUUGGACAGUGCGGGGAGAUCGCCGCCAUCAGAAAGAGCAAGAAAAACUUCUGUCACAUCCGGUUUGCUGAGGAAUUCACCGUGGACAAGGCUCUCCUGCUCUCUGGUUACCGCGUUCGUGUGGGCUCCAGCACGGACAAAAAAGACUCGGGCCGUCUCCACGUGGACUUCGCCGAGGCGCGGGACGACCUCUACGAGUGGGAGUGUCGGCAGCGCAUGAUGGCCAGAGAGGAGAGGCACCGGCGCAAGAUGGAGGAAGAUCGCCUGCGGCCGCCCUCCCCUCCUCCCAUCGUUCACUACUCAGAGCACGAGUGUAGCGAGCUGGGAGACAAGAUCAAAGAUGACAAUAAGUUUCCUGAAUCGGUGCGCGUGCUGUUGACCUGGCUGGAACGAGGUGAAGUGAACCGCAGGAAUGCCAAUAACUUCUACUCCAUGAUCCAGUCCUCCAACAGCCACAUCCGCCGGCUGAUGAGCGAGAAGAGUCAGCACGAGAAGGAGAUGGAGGAGGCCAAAGACAAGUUCAAGACCGCCAUGGCCGCCAUAUUGGCUCAGUUUGAACAGAUCGUGUCUGUGUUCCACGCUGCGUCCAAACAAAAAGCAUGGGAUCAUUUCUCCAAAGCUCAGCGGAAGAACCUGGACAUGUGGCGCAAACAGGUUGAGGAGGUCAGAAACAUGCACAACGAGCAGCUGAUGGGCAUCAGAGGAGAAGAGGAGAUGGAGAUGUCUGACGAUGACAUGGACGACUCAUCCGCCACCAACAGCAAAGACUCUGAGGACCUAGGUGUUUCUCAGGCAGAGGCCUUGAAGGAGGAGAACGACUCCCUGCGCUGCCAGCUGGACGCCUACAGGAACGAGGUGGACCUGCUCAAACAGGAACAGGGCAAGAACCAGCCAAUCAGCUGCGAGGAGGACGGCACGCACUCUCAGCAGCUCAGCUUCCUGCAGCAGGCCCUGCAAGGCAUGCAGAAGCAACUCCUGCGAAUGAGGGACGAUUUGAAGGAGCGAGAGGCCGAGCUUGAGAAGAGCACGGACGACAAACAGCAGCUGAAGAACCAAAUACACAACCUCAAGGCGGGACUGCACAACCUGCAGACGACACACACGCUCCAGCUGGAGACGUUAAAGCGAGAUGACAGAGGGAGCGAACAGAGCGCUAAUCAAGUCAGUGAUGUAACAGCUUCGUCCGCGGUGUCCUGCAGCCAGGAGAAGGAAGGUCUCCCAGAGAAGAAACCUCACAGUCCCGUUCACUCCGAGAGGGAUGCGCUGCUUGUCGGGAUCAUUUCGACCUUCCUGAACGUCCACCCGUUCGGUGCCAGCAUCGAGUACAUCUGCUCCUACCUGCAGCGUUUGGACUCCAAGAUUAACCCCGCUGAGGUGGAGGCUCUUCUCUCUCGGCUGCCCUGCACCUUCAGACAGGAGCUGACGGGAGUCGGGGCCAGUCUGGAGAAACGCUGGAACUUCUGCGGCUUCCAGGGCAUCAAGAACACAUAAAACUCAGUCGGUGACGCCUCUGUGGAAGUGUAAAAGACGACAGGUAGACGAGACACAAGCACAUGAAGGAUGCUCUGUGGAGGAAGCCCACAUCUAAUGGAGACGCUGGGCCCAGACGAGAGCACAAAUCAUUCACCACAUUUCUCAGAUCAGGAAGGGAUGUUAAAUAUAAAGGCACAGGUUCACGCGCCGGCAAGACCUGGACUAAAGGGCUACACAGGAACAUCAUCAGGGUCUACUCUCAACCUCAAAACUCUCUGCCUUUCUUUUUUUCUGCCUGGUCUUGAUUUUGUACAAUCACAUGAAAUAAAUUCUUCUAUUUCCUUCUA